UCUCUCUCGUCUGUCCCCUCUGCCCUGUCCAUCAGGAAGGCCACCGACAGCCAGCAACCUCUACUAGAGACUUUGCCAGUAGGCCCGCGGGCCCGAUAUUUUCAUUCCAUCUCGAUCACAGCGGCACACCCAGAGGGCACACGGCAAGGCGGUGAAAUAUAUAAGCCAAGGAGGAGCACCAUGCAGAUCUUCGUCCAAGGCUUGGGCGGCGGCCACUUCGCCGUGGACGUGAGCUCCCUCCGGGACUACCGAGUUUCGACGCUCAGAUCGGCGGUGGAGGGACUCUCGGGCGUUCCCCCCCACCUCCAGCGGCUCACCUCCGGAGCGAGGGACCUGGCCUCGCCCUCCGCCAGCCUCGACGACUAUGGGAUCGAGCACGGCUGCACGGUGCGGCUGUCCCUGCGGCUUCUCGGCGGCAUCGACUUCCAGCACCGAGAGGGUUCCAAGUUCGGGGGCGGCGGGGUCAUGUCCGAGGGCCAGGCGGCCGUGGACCGCAGGGAGAGACUGAGGAAGCUGGCCCAGGAGACGGUGGACCUGAACAAGGACCCGUACUUCAUGCGGAACCACCUGGGCAAGUACGAGUGCAAGCUCUGCCUGACCCUGCACAACAACGAGGGGAACUACCUGGCCCACACCCAGGGCAAGCGGCACCAGCAGAACCUGGCGAGACGGGCGGCGAUGGAGGCGAAAAACGCCCUGGUCAAGCCUCAACCAGCCAUCACGGUGCAGACGCGUAACGUGAUCAAGAUCGGCCGUCCGGGGUACAAGGUCACCAAGGCAAGAGAUCUAUCUAGCAACCAGCGAAGCCUGCUGUUCGAGGUCGACUACCCGGAGGCGGAAGACGGGGCGCAGCCGCGACACCGGUUCAUGUCGGCGUACGAACAGAAGGUGGAGGCCCCCGACAAGGGAUACCAGUAUCUUCUGUUCGCGUGCGAUCCAUACGAGACGAUCGGUUUCAAGGUGCCGAACCUCAAGAUCGACAAACAGGAAGGCCGUUUCUUCACCAACUGGGAAAAGGAAGCCAAGAAGUUCACGCUUCAAUUAUAUUUCGAGGACGAGGCCAACGCUGCACCGCCGGGGCGUUGAGGAAAACAAACACAGAAGCGAUGUUGUAGCGAUCAAGCAUCACUCUGUGCCAGCAAGACUCUCGCUUUGCUCGGAACCCAGCAUGUUGUUGCUAGUUUGGGUGGUGUCACCGAUCUUGCUAGUUGUCAAUUCCAUGGAACAUUCCGCGGUGGAAUGCGAUGGGCUGAAGAUAACUCUGCGAGUAUUGUUACCUACUUGUGGAGCCACUCUGGCCGGGCUGGCCUUGGUUGGCAAGGUGGGGCCGGUGGGGGGCCCGCGAUUGGGGCUUGGUAGCCGCAGAGCUGGGGGUAAGAGAAGACGAAGGGGCACUCCAGGAAGACGGCACGCGGGUCGUGUUGAUAGCUGCUGCCACGGUGCACACAUUUUUUUCCCUACGCUCUUCGCGGGCUCAAGCGGUGUUGCACAACACAGUAGACCAGCCGCCUCCCUUCAGCUUUCGAUACAGGCGAAGAGACAGCAGCGUGCGGAACGCCGUGAGAGAUCUCUGGGUGAUUUCUGUACAACAUGGGCAUCUUGCUGCUCAAAGGGGGAGGAAAUAGUCCUCCUGUGUACCUUCUGCCGUACGCACCAAAGUCGGUCAGGUUUGUAAUUAUCUCUUGUUUUUGUUUCGGGCAGCACACACGCCUGUUGCUUUGAACGUGCCGUCGUGCACGCUUGCUCGUGCUCGAACGCGGUGCCUUUUUGCCGUUCUGAUCUGAGCGUCUCUGGCGCCCGACCCGCGCAGCAUCAGUUAAAGUUCAGCCGCAUGCGGUCACCUCCGUCCUUGCACCAAGAAUGGCUCGCGCUGCACAGCCAAGCAACAUGAGAGAUGAAGGACGGUUUCGUCGCUUCCACGCUAUUGCAUUGCUACCAAGCAAGGCACGCCGAACGCGCACUUCGGUAUUAGAGGGAUAUUUUAUCUUGAGAAGGCAUGUGCGCGCAUCUCACGUGUCGCUUACUUACGUUACCGACAACAAGCCCAUGUGCUGAGGAACGCUAGAGGGAAUCCUACAC